GUCCCCUCGUCACCUGGGGGCCGGAACAGCUGAGAUUACAGGGCGGCCCCCUCCCCGAGUUUACGGAGAGCCCCUGAAAAUGGUCCUUCAACUGUGGGGAGGGGGAGUGGGAAAGCCCCGGAAGCACCUCCCCGUGUUUGGGCAUGUUUGGGGCGCCCCUGAGAGUUGGCAGGUCCGGAGAGGUUGCAGCCUGGCCGCUUGAGGCCUGCGGCCCCCACAGAAGUCGCGUGAGGUUCUUAGAGGGAGGGGCCACUCAUGGACCUAAGGUGUGGAUGGCCGGGGAGGAAGGCCUGUCUCUCUCCUAUUUCCCCCCUCUUAUCUGUGAAAAUCUCCACGCAGCAAGGUCCAAAGGCUGUGAAGGAGGAUACCUCUGUGUUGUAACCGAGCACCUGCUCUUGAUAAUCGUUGGAAAGGCUUUGUAACUCAAUCUGGCGAAUUCCCUCACUCAUUCAUUCACCUGGAGUUCCCGGUGGAGGGUUAGCUUUCCGGGGAAAUUGUUGAUACAUGUAACUUCAGAAUCCACUGAAACAUUGUUGCUGUCCUUGUAGACUUAGAAGUUGACUUUGGAAAGUGCAACUCCUAAGCGGUCCAAUUUGGGUGUGUGGCUUUGGACUCUAUCUCCCCUCACAGCCAGGUCCUCUUGUGGCCUCUCCCUUCCUCUGCCCCAGAACUGGAGAUGCUUUAUCUCUAAUUACUAACAAAUGUUCACUUUUUCCUCUGUGACUAAUAGAAUUGUUUAAGGGCAUUAAAAAGCAAAGUUGACAGCAUAGGCUUUUCUGUAAAACAACUUUCCUAGGACACUUUAAACCCUCUUACAGGAAAGUCUGUGGAAUGUGUUUAUUUCAGCAUUUUGAGAAUUGUACUAGGGAAGUUUGAAAGGAGAAGGCCUUAAGGGUGAAAUCUAAUAAUUAUUCAAACAUUGCAUCUCAUGUCCAGGUGAUGCCCGUGCAGUGUGACCCUUGCCCAGCCUUGCAGUCCCCCGUGUGGUUAGGCUUCUCAUUUACAAAAUAUGUAUGAGAUGCGCUGCAGCAGCCUUGAGACAUCUGCUGAAUGAAACUAGAAAAGUUUGCUUAUGGCAGAAUCCAGAGACCACAUUUGAAGUAUAUGUUGAAGUGGCCUAUCCCAGGACAGGUGGCACUCUUUCAGAUCCUGAGGUGCAGAGGCAAUUCCCGGAGGACUACAGUGACCAGGAAGUUCUACAGACUUUGACCAAGUUUUGUUUCCCCUUCUAUGUGGACAGCCUCACAGUUAGCCAAGUUGGCCAGAACUUCACGUUCGUGCUCACUGACAUUGACAGCAAACAGAGAUUCGGAUUCUGCCGCUUAUCUUCAGGAGCGAAGAGCUGCUUCUGUAUCUUAAGCUAUCUCCCCUGGUUCGAGGUAUUUUAUAAGCUGCUUAACAUCCUGGCAGAUUAUACGACAAAAAGACAGGAAAAUCAGUGGAAUGAGCUUCUUGAAACUCUGCACAAACUUCCCAUCCCUGACCCAGGAGUGUCUGUCCAUCUCAGCGUGCAUUCUUAUUUUACUGUGCCUGAUACCAGAGAACUUCCCAGCAUACCUGAGAAUAGAAAUCUGACAGAAUAUUUUGUGGCUGUAGAUGUUAACAACAUGUUGCAUCUGUACGCCAGUAUGCUGUACGAACGCCGGAUACUCAUCAUUUGCAGCAAACUCAGCACUCUGACUGCCUGCAUCCACGGGUCUGCGGCGAUGCUCUACCCCAUGUACUGGCAGCACGUGUACAUCCCCGUGCUGCCGCCGCAUCUGCUGGACUACUGCUGUGCUCCCAUGCCCUACCUCAUAGGAAUCCAUUUAAGUUUAAUGGAGAAAGUCAGAAACAUGGCCCUGGAUGAUGUCGUGAUCCUGAAUGUGGACACCAACACCCUGGAAACCCCCUUCGAUGACCUCCAGAGCCUCCCAAACGACGUGAUCUCUUCCCUGAAGAACAGGCUGAAAAAGGUCUCCACAACCACUGGGGAUGGUGUGGCCAGAGCGUUCCUCAAGGCCCAGGCCGCUUUCUUCGGUAGCUACCGAAAUGCUCUGAAAAUCGAGCCGGAGGAGCCGAUCACUUUCUGUGAGGAAGCCUUCGUGUCCCACUACCGCUCUGGAGCCAUGAGGCAGUUCCUGCAGAAUGCCACGCAGCUGCAGCUCUUCAAGCAGUUUAUUGAUGGUCGAUUAGAUCUUCUCAAUUCCGGCGAAGGUUUCAGUGAUGUUUUUGAAGAGGAAAUCAACAUGGGCGAGUAUGCUGGCAGUGACAAACUGUACCAUCAGUGGCUCUCCACCGUCCGGAAAGGAAGUGGAGCAAUUCUGAAUACUGUAAAGACCAAAGCAAAUCCGGCCAUGAAGACUGUCUACAAGUUCGCAAAAGAUCAUGCAAAAAUGGGAAUAAAAGAGGUGAAAAACCGCUUGAAGCAAAAGGACAUUGCCGAGAAUGGCUGCGCCCCCACCCCGGAAGAGCAGCUGCCAAAGACUGCACCAUCCCCACUGGUGGAGGCCAAGGACCCCAAGCUCCGAGAAGACCGGCGGCCAAUCACAGUCCACUUUGGACAGGCAAAUUUUCAAAAAUUUUGAGGAGACAGCACGGCUGAGGUCAUAAAUGAGCGGGACUGUUGAAUGAAGUCAUUAAAUGCACUGCUGCCUCCCCUACUCCAAGGCACUCUGCUUAAGGUGCCUCUGUUAGCUAAGCAUCUCAUUAGAACACUUUAGCAUCCCGGGCCCUUCUUUGCACCUUCAAAUAAAAGGCAACAAGCGAAGUCUUAAAAAAAAAAAUCAAUUAGGAGUUCUUUAUUAAUGUACCUCCUGAAAAUCAAUAUCAGGAGUCGUGCUUCUGAGAGUAAACACCCGUGCUACAAUUCUAGAGAUUCAAUCUUUUAAGCAACUGUUUUCAACUACCUGAGCAUUUGAAAAAUUGUCUAUUAAUUUUUUUUCCCUUAAGUAAAACAUUGCACUCUGUAUAGAAACUAAAAUUUUGUAUCCCCUUCCUACUUGUAAUUAUAUUUUUAGUUAAAAAAGAUUGUGUGCCCUUUCCUACAUGUCUUGAAUUGACUUUUGGUUAGUGAAAGUCAUCAUUUGGAGAGAUUUAUGAGAAAUGGCUCUUUUAGCAAGAUAUGGCUGUAACAAGAAUUUGCAAGGUUAUUUAUUUUUAAAUCACCUGAUUCUGUAGCCAUUUAUUAGAUGACGCAUGAUUAAGUCUUUAUGAUUUUUAUCUUAAAUGUGAUUGAUAUUUCACCACGUGUAAAGGACCUAGAAGCCUACAUUCCUGUUUUUAACAGACCUUUAUCAAGUGCCUACUAUGCACCAGGCAUUGAGCUAUUCAGAAAUGAACGAAACUAACAAAAUUCUUUCUCUAGGCUAUUACUGUAAGGGGUGAGUUGGUUGGAACAUAAAAGUCACUCUUCUCUAAUCAAUAUUUUCAGAUAAUAUACGUUUAUACAUCUUUAACUUGGGGAGGUUCAUCCCCUUUUCUGAUUUUAUACUUAAAAGGAUGUUACAAAAAUUGAAACACAAGAAAGAAGAAUCCACAGGGUGAUACUCAUUUAGUUAAUAAGUAUUUUCAAAUCGCACUGGUGUCUGCUCCCCUGAAGAGCUCCCCCCAGCCCCAGGCUCAGGCCCUGUUGGAGCAAUCUGCACCCCAGUUCCCUGUCUGUGUCUGCUGAAAGCACAGCCCCUGGUUGUCGCCAGUGUGGCAUUCCAGAGUCCGCUUCCUGCUUUCCUUUGUCCUCAUUCCUGCACACACUAACCUUCCCAUGAAAGGAGCCCCUCACUGCAGUUUGGAGCCCAUUACAGAGACAGAGGGGGCGGGGGAGAGGGAUUUCAUGGUGUUAAACAUUCCAUUUUCGAAACACAAAAAAAGGAGGCCCUAUUUGAAAUGGAGAAAGACCUUCUUUCCAUUUCAGCCAGAAGUAGAGAUUCUUUAAUGUCAUUCCCAGCUAAAUGCAGAAUAAGAGUAUGUGUGUGUGCACGGGUGGGGGAUAAACAAUUAAAAAAGCCACCCCAAACUCUGUUGAAAUAAGAGCUGUCUGUGCCUUCACAGGUCUGCAAACUGGAGAGGAUGAAAGUGGCUUUUUUUUCCCCGUUUGUCACUUCCCUCACGUGGCUGCCAGCAUUAUGCAAGUGUACAGGAAGGCAGGAUUUUUUUUUUUAAUGCUUGCAUGCGGAUUAAGGUCAAGCCCCUAGUAUCAGCCAUGCAGCGGGCUCUCCCUUCCAGCUGCAGCCGCAGAGCCUACCCACAGCCGCGAGAUGCCUUAAUUGAGACGUGCUGUCAAAGUGACAAACACAUUUGCAUACAGUCUACACUCUAUUUAUUUUAUCUGGAAAGGUCUACAGUCUGCUGUUGGUUGAACAUUCUUAAUCAGUUUGCUGUAAGUGAACUGCCAGCUAGCUCACUUAUGCCGGCCCCUUCUUCAUUAGGUGACAGAUUAGCUGCAGGGGGAGGGGGGGUUGAGCCAGGGAAACCACAGACCCCUUUCUUUUAACUCUUUCCAGCUUUGCCCUCAUGGUAGGUUGUCCUUGAGUCUUUUCCCGGGUCCCUGGUUUGAUGGGCUGUUGACCGUAAGAAGUACCGUUUCUAGAGCACCUACUACCGGCAGGCAUGAGUUUUAAGGACUUGAUAUUCUUCCCAAAGAACAGUCUCGAGUUUCAUUUCAAAAGUUUUUACCACACUCUCUUACCAUCUAUACUAUUUUUUUUACUUGAUAGUUUUCUGUAAACAAGACUCAGACCUGACAUCUAUAGCAUCUUAGCCUCAUCUUCAGAGAUGCCAUUGGUAAAAUUAUAGGCUUGAUAUACUAGUCCAAGCUUUUUCUAACAUAUAAAACAAUUUUAAGUGUUCAUCUUUGAAUCACUAACGCACUCACGUAGCCCUAAUGGUAUAUAUGCUCUUUUUUUAAAAACCAACAGACUCCCUGGUAUCUUUUUUGUUGUCUCCACCAUAUCCCUUUGAGAAAGGGACCAUUAGCCCCAUUUUAUUGACCCAGAGCUGGAGCUCAGAGACGUGAAAGAACCUGCCCAGGACCACUUCACCAGCUUGGAAACCCAAGCCCAGACACCACCCCUCGAGCCCACACCAGCUCUCAAAACAAGCAGGGACUGCAGCCAUGUGAUAUGUCUGUUAAAGCUGCUGUACCCUGCCCUGGCAAAAUCAUCUUAACCAGCCAGAGAGGGCACCUAUUUUAACCUGAAAAAAAUCCUCGCCUUGGGUCUGUGUUUCUGUGGAUUUUGUUCUUUAAGAACACUUAGCUUGCCAGUGGGGAUGGAGACCGUUGAGACUGUCGCCUUCAUCUCUGCACCUGGCAAAGCCGGUGCCUGUGCAGCUAGCCAGGGCAGCUCCACAGAGACCUCUGACGGCAGCUCUGCAGCGGGGGCUGGCAAGAGGGGAACUUAGUGUCGAGGCAAGAGCUGCUACUACCAGGGGAGAGAAGGCGCUGCCUUGCCCUCUGCCUCAGAGGAGUUCCUCUUUCCAGGCUGUGAUCAUUCCUUCAUUUAAGUAUGCAUCUAUUCAUCCGUCUAUUGAGACCUACCAUGUGUAAGAUAAAUAAGUUCUCAGUCCCUACCAUUGUGGGGCGUAAUGAUGAGGCAGACCAGCAGAUGGACAGGCCCAAUCAGAGAGAUAAAGACAACGAGGGAAGUAGGCUCCAAGCACUCCCAGGGCCCCACAGAGGCUCCCUCUUCAUCUCCAGGCCCACUUCAUAGUCACAGUCACUUCAUAGUCAGUCAUAGGCCACCUCAUAGUCCCAAGUUGGACACUAUAAUUAAAAGAUGCUUUUGUCAGUAUCCUGACCAACAUGGUGAAACCCUAUCUCUACUAAAAAUACAAAAAUUGGCUGAGUGUCAUGGCAGGCACCUGUAAUCCCAGCUGCUCGGAAGGGUGAGGCAUGAGAAUUGCUUGAACCCAGGAUGCAGAGGCUGCAGUGAGCUGAGAUCGCGCCACUGCACUCCAGCCUGGGUGACAGAGUGAGACCCUCUCUCUAAAAAGAUAUUUUGUCAACAAACCAAAGUCGCUAAUAAUUUGUUUUCUAAAGCAGACAUUUGUUAGGCCACUCAGCUUGUAAGAGCAAAGUAAAUAGGUUUCUAGUUGGCCUCUGCCUCCUGAUCAUGUAGUUUCUUUAAGAAUUCAAAAGUAUCAACUUGAGAAUGCCUAUUCCUGCCUUGGAAGAUGUCGCAGUUUAGAGAGGCUUUAAAUUACUGUUUUCCCCUUCUCAAGUUUAGUAUCAUUUGGGAAACAAAGCCCAGGGGACAGUCAAAUGAGAUAAAAGUGCCAGCUGUGUUUAUUGAUAAGCCUGAAAGGAGAAUAUUGCAUUAGAUCUGAAGGCAAAUGUUGCAAACACUUCACCUGAGAAUGUGAAGACUGCGUUUCUCCACUCGGGAUAAGUGGACAAUGGCAGGUCUCUCCAGGUUAGAGCUGCCCAUAAACUCCUAGCAAGGAGGAGCUGUGGGAGGGCCUUGCCCUGGCUGCUCCCCAGGAGGGAGCUGGAAAGGGUGAUGGAGCUCAGUUCCUUCUCCCAGACUCCCCGGGAAGGCAUUCCUCCUCUUCCUCUGGGCAGGGUUGAACAAGAGGGUGCCUGGCCAAGCCAAGGAUUCCCCCCUGGUUUUCUCUCCUAGGGUAGGAAAUGGAAGCUCCUUCUUCCCACAGCUAUAGAAGGAGUGAGGGACCGGUGUCCUCCCCGGCAACCCUGGGCACCCCUUGGUUAGAAUGGCUGGCCUUGACCCGCUUCCCUCCCAAGGACCCCUGUGGAAACUGCUCAGCUCCCUACAUUUAAUAAGAUGGGUGAGCCGUAGAUGCUUUCACAUCCGUGAGCACUGACUUGAGACUUUGCCAUCAGCGGGUGAGGAAGAAAGCAUUUUACCCAUCGUACACAUGAGGAGGCACACUGGGACGGCGUUGCUGGAAUGAGUAGCUAAUUCCUACUCCAGAGCCAGCAGCAGCAGCACCUCUGCUUCUCUUGGCUGUGUGCAGCUCUCCCUCCUUGCUAAGAGAAUGGCCUGAUUGUGUGAGUUCAGUGACACUGGACCCUAGUCCUAAGUGCAGAUGGCCAAGGCUCUAGGCCUUGGCUGAGACUGAGGCUUCCCUGAGAAUAUCACAGCAAACCCUUUCCAGGGCCUCCUUCUUUGUAUUGCCUCCAAAUGGCUGAUCUGCAAACAAAGUAGCUGUCUGCCUUCCAAUCUGAUAGAUUGCAAAAAGCAUGUAUUAAAAGGUGCUGCCUCUAUUCUUCUCCCAUCCGAACGAAGGUUUCUAAACCUCUUUAAUGUAAAGUUUGAAAAGCUGGUUAAACCAAAACCAAAACCAAGCACCACCGUGGCUUCCAGAGAACUGGGGCAGGGAGGUCUGGAUAGCAGCCCCAGGAACAGCUCUUGGGAUGUGGUUGCCAGCUUGUCUGUGCGUGUGGAGAAUUCUGGCAUCAGGGUCAUAAGCCAGGUCAUUUACUGCCAAUCCCAUGCUAGGCUGGAGAAGAUGCCGAGCUAGCAAAUGCCUUCUCAGCACCCUUGGCUCUGAGUGCCCUGAGAGCCCUGAGAGAUUCCUCCUGCCCCAUUGAGCUUGGAAGCCACACGCAAUUCCCUUCACUUCAGCCAUUGCCUCCUCACCACCUCCAGCAGGUGCUCCUAUGUUCUCAGGAUACUGCACACCCCAGGCCUCUGGUCUGAACAUACACUCCCCACCAAACUCACUCCUCCAUCUUCCACCCCAGUGAAUGACACAGGCUGGCCAUCCAGAGCCAGGCUCCACCCUCCCUCUCCCCAGAUCCUCUCCUUCCACGCCUGAACACUACUUCAUCCUCUCCUCUCCAUCACCUUUGCCACAGCUGUGGUGCAGGCAGCAUAAUCAUUCACCUGGACUGUUUCACAGCCUCCUAACUGGUACUCCCUGUAGUCCCCAUGUGGCCUUGCCGGGUCCACUGUAAGCCUUCACUAGUGGUCGCCUCACCCCCGUUCCCAGCCUCUCCUAAAGACUCCAUCUUCCUCCUUGGCCCCUUCAUGACCUGCCUGUCCAAUCCCAGAGCAGGCCUCCUGGUAAAUUCUCCCCACUCCCCCAGGAAGAGUGAGUUACUUCUGUCUUCGUGCUACCCCAGAACUUUGCACACGCCGCUUGUCACGCAGCCCUGCGAUUUUUCUUUAAUGCUUGUCUUCCCACCAGAAAGUCCACUGCAGGGCCUGGCACUGAGCUGGCAGUCAGUGCACAUCCUGGGGUUUUAUUAUUGGUGUGGAUGUUUAAAUUAAGGAAUAAUUGAUUGUUGUUGAAGCACUUGCUGUGCAUUCAGCAAGUUAUUUGGUUUCACUUCUGUUGCUAUGCUUAUAAUUCUAAUUCAUUUGAAGAAGAAAAAUGAACAUUCCCUUAGUGGUCACAAACUAUUUCCAAAUUCACUUUCCAUAAAGAAGGAUUUUGAAGUGAGGCCAGGUGCGGUGGCUCCCACCUGUAAUCCCAGCACUGUGGGAGGCCAAGGCAGGUGGAUCACCUGAGGUCAGGAGUUCAAGACCAGCCUGGACAACAUGGUGAAACCCUGUCUCUACUAAAAAUACAAAAAUUAGCCAGGCAUGAUGGCAUGUGCCUGUAGUCCCAGCUUCUUAGGAGGCUGAGGCAGGAGAAUCGCUUGAACCCAGGAGGCAGAGGUUGCAGUGAGCCGAGAUUGUGCCACCGCACUCCAGCCUGGGUGACAGAGCAAGACUCCAUCUCAAAAAAAAGAUUUUGUUUCCAAAUAGAAACAGCUUUGUAUUAUAGCAAUUUAGAUCCUGUCUCAUUUUAUUUUGUGUGUUUUUCCAAGUUCCUAAGGUCAGUCAUAGGUGUCCCCGGAAGGGAAUGGAGAGGAAUGAGGCAAGGGACUGGGACCCCCCUUCUCCUGUGCCCAAGGAUGGGCAGAGCUGUGCAGGAGCAGCACAGUGGGGAAAGCAUUCAGGGGAAGGGAGGGGCCCGUUAUCCCUUGAGUCACAUCAAGCGAAGCAAGCAACAGGAUAAAUUAGGCGUAAAGAUUUUAUCUGUGAAAGAGACUAGGAUACAUGACCAAGUGCAAAGUGUGAACCUAACUUGGAUUAUGUGUUGUUGUUGUUGCUGUUUAAAAAAAAAAAAAAAAAAGGAAAACAACGCUUUAAAGACAUUCUUGGGAAAGUUGGAAAAUUUGAAGAUGGACUGGAAUGUUAGAUGAUGAUGUGGGAUUAAUGUUAAUAUGAUAGUUUUUUAGGGGUUUAUCUUUAUUCCUAGGAGAGGCAGGCUGAAGUCUGAGCGGUGAAGUAACACGAUGCUUCCAACUUACUUUCAAAUGGUAUCUGAAAAAACAUUACACAUCAUGUA